AUGACUCCGGCAAGGAUUUCGCGAGAGGAUCUGCUCAAAUAUGACACGUUUCUCUUCGAUGUCGGCGGUGUGCUGUAUAAAGGCCAUAUUCCGAUUCCUGGUGCGGUUGAGUUCGUGACGACGCUGCUAAACUCUAUGAAAAGGGUUUUUAUCAUUAGCAAUAACUCCACAAAAACUCCCGAGCAAUAUCUGGCAGAAAUUGAACAUAUGGGAUUUAGAGGGAUAUCCGGGGAGCAGCUUAUCACUCCUGCUAUUGUGUUGGCCGCAUACUUCAAGGAUCGCCCGGAAUACGCUGGACAACCGAUAUACUUAGUAGGCAUGGAAGAUUUGAAAAAUACACUGGAUACUAUGGGUGGAGUCCGGUGUUUCGGAAGCGGUCCAGAUCAUUUUUCUUCUGAUUCCUAUGAGGAUUUCGUCUUCAGUUUCGAUGUGCCCGUAAUCCCGAAGGCAGUCGUUUGCAGCUAUGAUUGCCACCUCAGUUAUCCGAAAAUUAUGAAAGCCGCGACUUUCCUCAAGCGACCAGAAGUGGAAUUUCUGGUAACCAAUGAGGACAAAACGCUCCCUUUACGUUCCGACGUUGUAGUUCCUGGAGCUGGGGCGGUUUCAUCCACGGUUCGAGCGGUUUCCGGACGGACACCGAUAGUGUUCGGGAAACCGCACAAGCCAAUAGCUGAUUUUUUGAAGAAACACCACCACAUUGACGCCGGGAAGACGGUAAUGUUCGGAGAUCGCUUGGAUACCGACAUGCAGUUCGCAAAUGAUAACGGUUUUGCAAGUUGUUUUAUGCUGACUGGAGUGAACACGAUGGAUGACGUGAAGAAGGCGGAGGUUCGUGGAGAGAAACAUCUCCUGCCGACAUAUACAUUUUCGUUUUCUGACUAG